AUGGUGGAUGGGGGCAUUGUUUUGGGCCACAAAAUUUCCAAACAAGGCAUAGAGGUUGACCGCGCAAAGAUUGAAAUCAUCUCUAAGCUUCCUCCACCCAUUUCAGUAAAGGGUGUCCGAAGUUUUUUGGGGCACGCCGGCUUCUAUAGGCGUUUUAUCAAGGACUUCUCAAAAAUUGCAAACCCCAUGUGCAAGCUCCUUGAAAAAUAUGCUACGUUCGUAUUUGAUGAAAAGUGUCUCAAAGCAUUUGAGGAGUUAAAAGAAAAGCUCACCACGGCACCUAUUAUUGUCACUCUAGAUUGGUCUCUUCCAUUUGAACUCAUGUGCGACGCUAGUGGUGUAGCCAUUGGGGCGGUGCUUGGUCAAAGGCAUAACAAAAUCCUUCAUCCUGUCUACUAUGCAAGCAAGACUCUCAAUGGUGCUCAGAUGAAUUAUACUAUGACCGAGCAAGAAUUUCUUGCUAUUGUCUAUGCUUUUGAAAAAUUUCGGACCUAUUUGUUAGGAUCCAAGGUGAUAGUCUACACUGAUCAUGCUGCUCUUCGCUAUCUUAUGGCGAAGAGAGAUACCAAGCCAAGAUUGAUUCGAUGGGUCCUUUUGUUGCUUGAAGAAGCAGGGAGGCCAAAAGAGGACUUUGACAUCAAUGAUGCUUUUCCAUAUGAGCACAUAUUGGCAUUGUCUGACACAUUUGCUCCUUGGUAUGCCGAUAUUGCUAACUAUCUGCGUCGGUGGUUCUCAUUUCCGCAACAAGCUUUCACCGGGCUGCUCGAAAAGUAUGGAGUAAAGCACAAGGUGGCCACGCCUUAUCAUCCUCAGUCGAGUAGUCAAGUUGAAGUUUCCAAUAGAGAGAUUAAAAACCUCCUAGCAAAAACUGUCAAUGCAAACAGAACCGACUGGUCAAGGAAGUUAGAGGAUGCAUUGUGGGCAUAUCGCACCACAUUUAAGACUCCCAUUGGCACCUCACCGUAUCGAUUACUCUUUGGUAAGGCGUGUCAUUUGCCCGUGGAGCUUGAACACAAAACCAUGUGGGCUCUGAAAAGGUUAAAUCUUGGCUGGGCUGAAGCUACUAAUUUGAGAAUGACACAACUCAACGAAAUGGAAGAAUUCCGUCUACAUGCCUAUGAAUUAGAGUAUAAGGAGCGAAUGAAGUUUGUUCAUGACAAGAAGAUCUUGAAACAGGAAUUCAAAUCUGGUGAAUUGGUCUUGCUCUUCAACUCGAGACUCAAGUUAUUUCCGGGCAAACUUAAGUCCAAAUGGUCUGGCCCAUUCAAAAUUGUGAAUGUGUCCCCUUACGGUGCUAUUGAAUUAGAGUUGGAAGACGGACUUCGCACUUUCAAAGUAAAUGGACAACGGGUUAAGCAUUACAUGGGCACAACAGAAGACAAGCACUUGAUAGAUCAAAUUGCUCUCAAGGAGAGUCCGAUCCCCACCACUGAGUAG